GUCCUCUCUGACCCGGACUCUAAAUCCUCACUGUUAACUUUAAUUUUUUUGCGCAUCUGCUUUCUUCCGUCCUCCAUGUCAUUUCCUGUGAUAAAACAUGGUGGUCACAGCUCGAGGAGGCGGCGACUGAGUCGUUGCAAAAACAAAAAUUAAAAAAAUUCACGGGAAACUUUGCAGCCGCGGAGGCAGCGGCCGAGGGUCUGCGGUCGGCGGCUGGCGGGGGGGAGAGCGGCGCUACACCCGGGGGAGAGGGUCCGUGUCCCCGCCGCGUCUCUGCACAAGAGGCCGUGAAGAGGACGACGCUCUGGAUUUCUACCAACAUGGUUCCACCAUGAGCGAGCAGCCGUCGGACCUCUGGUACCCAGCAACAUCCUCAGGCAGAAACUUGUUCAUCCUAAGGACAAGCUGAACAGUGCUCGGACCUUUACAUAGGAGAGACCAAACAACCACUCCACAGGUGCAUGGCACAACACAGGAGAGCCAGCUGAUCAGGACAAGACUCAGCUGUACCUCAGCACCUAAAGAAGAAGGGACAGUCCUGAGGAGACUAAUGUCCACAUCUUGGACAGAGAGGACAGAUGGUUUGAUCAGAGGAGUGAAGGAGGCCAUCGAUGCCCAACUGGAACGACCAUCUUUGAACAGAGGUGGAUUAUGACCAGUCAUCAGCCACCUAUAACACAGUCCUGAGAUUCUUACCCAGGCUGUUAAACUUCCAUUCACACCUUGAUCCAUGUGAUCCUAAUGACUCACAUGAUGGCAGGGUGGGUCAACGACUCUCUCGAAUGGGACAACAUCAAGAAGGGUUAAACACCCGGGCCUUCCCUGACAACUGUUAGAACUGAUGAAACCUUUUAGAUGAGAGUCUGUGAGGAGUGUCAGGACUAUUUCCAGGAGGAGUGUCCGUCCCACGGGCCCCCUCUGUUUGUCCCCGACACACCCGCAUCUCCGGGGAAGGCUAACAGGGCGGCACUCACAGUUCCAUCAGGCCUGGAGGUCUACACCGAGGGGGGCGAAGUGAAUGUUCGCUGCGUGGAUGCAACCAUCCCCAAGGGGGCAGUCUUCGGUCCGUACGAGGGAGAGCUGGUGUCCAAAGACAAAUCCUCUGGCUUCUUCUCCUGGAUAAUUGUGGAUUUGAACAACACCUAUCAGUCCAUCGACGGCAGCGAUGAGACCAAAGCCAACUGGAUGAGGUUUGUCCGGACCUCGUCAGAGGAGAGCGACAGGAACCUGACAGCGUUUCAACACGGUAAAAACAUCUACUUCAGAGUCUGUCGGAGGCUGGCAGCAGGAGAGAAGCUGAGGGUUUGGUACAGCGACGACUACAUCCAACGACUUCACUGUGUUUCCCAGGAGAGCAUCGACCGCAACCUGGACACAGAUACCGGGAAGCCAGCGGUCCUGCCCAACAUUCAGAAGGACUUUAAAUCUCCCUGCCUGCAGUCAGCUCUUCAGGGAAAACUCUGCCCCAGCAAACAACCCAGUGAAGAGUCAGAUGGUCAGCCUCCUGCCAAGAGGAAGAAGAUCGACCUUAUCUUCAAAGACGUCCUAGAGGCUUCUCUGGAGGACUCCAACAAGUCCAGGUCCCAGUCAUCCCUCCCCAGUGAGUGUAAGGUACCAGUGCUAGGGUCAGGGUUCAAUCUGUCUGAAAGCAGUUUUAACGUUCCUAACCUGAAGGUGGAGGAGAAAGAGGAGGAGAACCAGCAACCCUCCACCUCCUUCUGCCCCAACUGUGUCAAACUGAAGAGGAGGAUCCUGGAGCUGGAGGAGGAGCUGUCCCGUCUCAGAGGAGAACAGGGGGACGUGGUUGGUCCAAUAAUGUCUGAGCAGACCCUGACCCAACACGAUCAGGUCCCACCCCACCCUGAACAAGGACCCAUUGAAGACUUUCAAGGGAUGGAGCCCUUGACGCCUACUCAGGUGGUUCUGGAUGAAGACGACCAGGAUGUGGAUUCAGCUGAUGAGUCGAUUGCUGCAGAUUUUGUGAUUUCUCCAGAAGACUCUUCAAAGCUUUCUUCUGGAGGGGGGCGACGGAUUCGUCGUUUCAAGCAAGAGUGGCUGAAAAAGUUCUGGUUCCUUCGCUACUCGCCAACCCUGAAUGAGAUGUGGUGCCACGUCUGCCGUCAGUACACCGUCCAGUCAUCCCGAACCUCUGCCUUCAUCAUCGGUUCCAAGCAGUUCAAGAUCCACACCAUCAAGCUCCACAGCCAGAGCAACCUCCAUAAGAAGUGUCUGCAGUUGUAUAAGCUGCGUAUGCAUCCAGAGAAGACAGAGGAGAUGUGCAAGAAUAUGAUGCUGCUGUUCAACGCAGCAUACCAUUUGGCCCUGGAGGGACGGCCCUUCUCUGACCUUCGUCCACUGGCAGAGCUGCUGAAAAAAUGUGAGCUCAAAGUAGUGGAUCAGUACAUGAAUGAAGGAGACUGUCAGAUCCUCAUCCAUCACAUCUCUCGGGCUUUAAAAGAAGACCUGGCCGAGAAAAUGCGCCUUUCUCCCUUUCUAAGCAUCAUAAUGGAUGCCCAAAACGACGACCUAUUCUCUGACAUGGUUGCAGUCUAUGUCCAGUUCUUAACCAAUGAGGGCUCACCCAACACAGAGUUUCUGUCCUUGCAGAGACUGAGCAUGGCCAGUGUGGACGGAUACCUCCAGGCUAUGGAUCGAGCUUUUGGGGUUCUGGGCCUGAGGUUUCAGGACUUGGUGGUGGUGGGUCUGGGGGUGGACGGCACCAACAUCUCUUCGGGAAUGAGAGCCAACCUGUACAUAGCAGUGCAAAAGACUUUUCCCUGGAUCCUCUGCCUUCCUAUCAUGAUCCAUCGGCCUCAUUUGGAGGUGCUGGAUGCCAUCAGUGGGAAGGAGCUGUCCUGCCUGGAGGAUCUGGAAAACAACCUCAAGCAGCUCCUCAGUUUCUACCGCUACUCCCCUCGCAUGAUGGCCGAGCUCCGGUCAACUGCUCCAACACUGUCAGAGGAGACAGAGUUCCUUGGGGACAUCAGAGCCAUUCGAUGGAUCAUAGGAGAACCAAACGUCCUUAAUGCACUCAUCAAGGAUUACCUGGAAGUAGUCGCUCAUCUGAAGGAGAUCAGCAGCCAGACACAGAGAGCUGAUGCUGCAGCCAUUGCUCUCACUCUCCUCCAGUUCCUCAUGGACUAUCAGUCAGUGAAGCUCAUCUACUUCCUCCUGGACAUCAUAGCUGUUCUGUCACGAUUAGCCUUCACCUUCCAGGGAGAAUACCUGCUGGUAUCACAGGUGGAAGCCAAAAUUGAGGAGGCCAUUCAGGAGAUAGGCCAGUUGGUGGACUGCCCAGGAGAGUAUCUGCAGGAGUUUGAGGAAAAUUUUCGUGAAAGUUUCAAUGGCAUUGCUCUGAAGAAUCUGCGUGUUGCUGAGUCCAAAUUUCAGUCCAUCCGAGAAAAGAUCUGCAAUAGGAGUCAAGGCAUCCUGUCUCAGAGGCUGGACCUGCAGAGCCGCUCAUUUGCCAAAGCCUGUAAGGUCCUGGAUUUAUCCACCUGGCCUCAGAAUCGGGAAGACCUUCAAGCCUAUGGGGAGGAGGAAAUCCAGCUCAUAUUCAACCAUCUAGAGUCUAUUCCUUCUGCAGGUCAGGAGAGCUCCCAGGCCAGGACGGAGGCCAGAGGCUGCCUGGUGGUGGAAUGGAAGGAUCUGAAAGCAGACUACUACAGCAUGAAUGGUUUCAAAGAGGUCAUCAGUCACAUCUGCAGGUACAAACAGCGUUUUCCUCUGCUGAACCGGAUUGUGCAGGUCGUCAGGGUCCUGCCCAGUUCCACGGCCUGCUGCGAUAAAGGCAGAGGGUCUCUACAGAAGAUGUGCAAGAACAAUCGUUCUCGGCUGACCCUGGAGCAGAUGAAUGACCUGCUCACCGUCGCAGUUAAUGGACCGCCCAUCACUAACUUUGACGGAAAGCGAGCGUUGGACAGUUGGUUUGAGGAGAAGUCUGGCAGCAGUUAUUCUCUGUCAGCUGAGGUGCUGAACAGGAUGUCAGCUGCUGACCAGAAGUCUGUUUUGCACAGUGUUGACGUCAACACAGAGUUUUACCCUGACAUUUAAUUGGCACCUACACCCAGUGUAGGUAAAAUACAACUAGAACACACUACACUAAUACUAAUAAAGUGAGGCAGCAUCGCUCCUCAAGUCCUCAAGUCCUCAAGUCCCAACGAGGGGACUACUCACACCUGUAGUUACCACAGGGUAGAAGGAAUGAUUGUGAAGCUUGGGUAUUUAAGAAAAAAAUAGCAAUUGUUAUUGAAUAAUACAGGGUAUAUAUCCUCAUAUUUGUGUUUAGGGAAAUCAGCACACGAAUAGGAUAAAGAAAAUAAGACAGGUCAGUGGUUCGAUCCCUGGCUCCCCCAGUCUGCACAUCUUAGGAUCAAUGGGUAAGAUACUGAACCCCAAACUUCCCCCGAUGGUCUACUAUAAGUGUGUGAGUGAUUGUGUGUGUUAGAGCACCGUAUGAAAGUGUGUGCAUGGGUGAGUGUGACCUGUAUUAUAAAGUACUUUUACUGGUCAGUAUGACUAGAGAAGUGCUGUAUAAAUGCAGUCCAUUCACUGUUACAAAUUUGUGUGAUGCUUUAAUAUAGUUAUUGUCACCUUACUAACUUACCAACUAUGGUAGUCUGACUGCUCAAAACAUAUCUCAGUUUUUAACCAAGUUGUCAGUUUUUUCAUAAAGACUGCAGCAUGUAAUUAGUUAUAAAAAUAAGAGUACUAAAGAAAAAGAUAUGAGACAUGAUUGAAACAUCCAGUUUCUCUUAUUCCAAAUGUACAAAUGCAAACAGGUGAAGAAUGAGUGCUUUGCACCGCUGGGCAAACCUCAUUCCAAAAAUAUCAACAUUCAGCCAGAUGGAUGGAUUACAGAACAGGUCUAGUGUGGUUGGUUCUGGGCCUAAAGGUUCAGGAGGCCCCUGAGCUUCACCUGUGAAAAAGAAGUUAAACGAUAAAUACAACUAAUUAGACAAAAAACACUUAAUAAGACACAGAAAACAACCACAAAGAGACGCAGCUGUGUUGUUUGUAGUCAUGUUGCUUUUACUUGUCUGUGCCCAGAGUCCCACUGUCUCAUAAUCCGUCCACGUUCAGCCAGACAUGAGGCUGAAAUCUUCCAACUCUGACUGACUGACUUCUUUCACUGAUGAGUAUUGUAAAACUGAGGGCCGCUGAGUGGCCCUACACUUCUUAUAUAUUAUAAUAAAGCGCUUGUUGCCAGAAUCACAGUCAGUUUUACUUUGGGAACAAUCAGUUAGUGUCAAACUAAAUGUCUGUGCCAUUGAGCCGCUCUCUGCUUUAGCUUAUCUGCCAACGGGAUAUUCAGUCAUGUAGUGCCUGACAGAAAUGAAAAGCUAGAGUGUAAGGAUGUAUAAAGGCUUUAUAUUUCUAUUAGAAAUGCAAACAGCCCUGCUACACACUGUAUAUAUUUUACAAACUGUAUAUAUUGUAAAUGCUUUUGAGCCUGUUUUUAAGGAGAGUAUUUUUCUCUUGAAUUUGACGAUUGUGCCAUAAAGAUUGAAUGCAAGAACCGAAAGAAAAGGUGCUAUUCUGCUAUGCCAUAAUGUAAUUUGCCAUAUGUGUUUAGGUGUUUACUGCAGCAAAUGAUACAUUUGAAAUGUGUCAUUUUUAACUGAUGCAUCAGCUUUGUGUUUGGAUGUUUCUAGCACGUCAACUUAAGUCUUGACCAAAGCUCUGGCUUCAAAUAUGUCAGAUAUGUUUUAAAAACUGCAUGAUGAUAUUCAACUGUUGCUUUUAGCACUUGAGUCGUAUUUUAUAUUUACUAUCAAGAUGUCUGUAUUUAAGGCUGAACUAAAUGUAAAAUAGAGUGAAUACGAUGAGCUGAGGCAGGCUGACCCCAGCAGGCAGACGGUGACUUUUACUUUAUUUUUUUAUUACAAAAGCUUGAUAAAACAUUUGCUUUGCUUUGCUUUGCUCCUGAAAUUAAAGAAAUAGUUUGACAUUUUGGGAAAUGCACUUAGGUUUCUUGCUGUGAACCAGAUGCUCUAAAAUGAGCUGAAUGGUUUGUCAGUCAACAGUCUGUAUGUAUCAUAUCUCUGACUCUGAAUCACAAGUCGGAGACAGACAGGAAACUGUUUUUACCACUCAACUGUUUGUAAUGUGAAUGUGGCAUCACCACCUUAGAUUGUCUUAAAAAUGGUCAUUUGUUUCCUCUGUCCGCUCUGCUGACCUAAGCACAGCACUAGUACAGAGCUAGGGCAGAGAGGAGCUAGAUUAGCUUAGCUUAGCAUAAAGACUGGAAGCAGAGGGAAAGAGCUAGCCUGGCUCUGUCCAAAGAUCAAAACUCUGCUACCAUCACUCCCUGCUGCCAGUCUUUAUGCUAAGCUAGGCUAAGUGAGUGUUACUGAUUGUCCUUUGGGAAAAUACGUUCCAAAAUAUUCCCCAAAAUGUUGAACUAGUUCUUAACGUUAGCUGUAUUGUUAGCUCAAAGUGACUGAAUCUCCUCCUUUCACAUGAUUGAAAGAUAAAACCUGUAUGCCUUUGUUUUUAUUGACAUAUUGUGCAUGUGUGUAUUGUAUGCAUGCAGUUAUUAAUGUUUCAAACUGACGUGUAGUUGGAGGAGUUUGAUGCUGUCUGAGCUGUGUGGAUGUAACAUCAGACCGGUGAUGGAGGGUUUUUUAUGAGCAGCAUCGAGCAUAAAAAGACUGUUGGUUUGAUUGCACUUCAGUUUUUACUGCUGCGGUUUCAAUCCAGAAACUUUUGACUGAUGAAUGCCAAUAUUUUGUGCUAUGCCUUAUCCUGUGUGUUUAUCUUUAUACCGAUGUCUGGUUGAUUGUAAUCUGACUCCAGAGCUGCGAGGAGUUGGCUUUAAGUUGUUCAUGUUGGGCGUUUUGCUGGAGCUGGAUCUGAACUUUGGUCACAGACGAACCAAAAAGAAAUGUGUGGUUACUUGAUUUCUCUGUUCACUGUUUUCUUCUGUUUCAGAUGCUUUAAAAUACAUUUUAAAAGACAUUUUAUCUGAAGUGGUUUCAUUAGACUCUGUUACUGUUGUCAGGUUUUCAGUGAUGGAAAGUAACUAAGUACAUUUACUCAGUUUAUUUUCAUUUAUUUCAUUUUCUGCUACUUUAUAUUUCUACUCUACUACAUUUCACAGGGGAUAUUGUACUUUUUACUUCACUACAUUUUUUAUGAUGCUGAUACUUACUGUUUUUUACUGAAACAGUGACCUUCACCUCACUCAGGUCAGUCCUUCACUUUAUUUUAAGUUUAUUCACCUGAUGCUGAUGUUUUGCUGUAGUUGACAUAAUGUGAGUUAGGAUUCGGCGCUGUUUAAAUAAAACUGUAUUUAACUGAA